AUGACGACACCCGAAGCUCGUGACCCGCGCGAGGUUCAAUCCCGCCGAUCAACUGGCGGAUCGCCCAGUCAGCAACCCCACCAAUCCCGCCGCAACCCCUCCUCAACAAUAAUAAUCCCCGAUAUUGGGAUUCCUUCCGAUCAACACUACUCACCUUCUACCCUUUCUUCUGCUCAACCGAUCCCUUUGGGCCCUCAAUCCCUCCGCUCGAGAUCCAAAACAUACACCUCCACAUACACACACAACAUGUCUGACAUCUCCGGUUUCAUCUCCGCCCUCGAGGCCGCCCAGAGCAAGUCCAAGUUCACUCCCGAGGUUCAGUCCGCUGCCGAGGGUAUCGAUGUCGCUGCUCUCAAGGCCGCCUAUGAGGCUGCGUUGGCCAUGGGCGAGACCGAGACCGUCUCCGACGGUGCCCAGAAGACUGCUCUGGAGCAGGGCUUCGAGUUCGCCACCAAGGUCGUGAUGAUGCUCCAGACUGCCCCUGGCCCCUUUGAGAAGAAGGACCUCUAUGUCAACUUCAAGAUUGCCAAGGGUGAGGUUCUGGAGAAGCCUGGCAUGUUCGAUAUGGUGAAGAAGCAGCUCUACAACGCCUGGGAGCAGGUCAAGCACUACUCCCCUCAGAAGGCCCAGGCUCUCUACAUCAAGCACGUCAACGAGUUCAUCGGCAAGUACGGCACUCGCGAUGAGUAA